AUAUGAUUUUGACAAUCAAGUUACAAACAUAUAUGUUCAUAUUGCAUCAGUUAUUCAGACAAAAUGUUUAUUUUUCAAACAAUUUCCAAACCACAAUUAAUUAUUCAAACUCAACGUGCGUUUAAUAGUUUUUCCGCAAUCAGAAGCAAUAAUUUACUAAACAAACUUAAAACCGCCAAUUUGCAGAAACGUGCGUUAUGGGGUUACGUAGCGAUUGCGUUCAACAAAGUUGACAGUGAACGGCUAUCCAAAGUUGGACCGGAUCGACUGUGCGCAGAAUGGAUGCUGAAAAAUGGUGGUGCAGUUGGAUUAGUAGGCAUGCAAAAUAGAGUGCUUAAGGACUAUAAUAGCCUACCACCAGAGUCGGUAAAAUUCAAUUUGCAAGUCAUUGAUGCCACAAAUGCAUCCAUUAUGAAGAUGGGACUUGAUCAUUUUGCCGGUUGUCGCCAUAUAGAUACUGUUGUAUUUCACAACUGUAAACAUCUGGAAGAUGGAGGUCUUGCAGGUCUAGUACAUUUAAAGAGCACACUUAAAAGACUACAAAUUUCCGGUUGCUAUAAUCUGAGAGAUAGUUGCUUUGAUGUAGUGGCACAGUUGAGCGCACUAGAACAGUUACGUUUGUUCGAUUUGAUAUACGUGAAGGAUAUACAAGGUGUGGCUACUAAACUACGACAAGCGCUACCAAAUUGCAAAAUUGAAGUGAGAACAUCACAAUAGAUCGUUUUUCAAAAAGUUCAACACUUGAAAAUGUACAUAGUACUACAUACAUUUAAUAGUUUGAGAAAUAAAAUUGUCUUAAACAUUAUGUUUGAAAAAAUUGAAUAUUUUCCAGUAUAUUUACUGCACUUACUCUCACAAUUUGUGUAAAUAAUUAUCUUUCUGAGGACUAAACGUCAAUAAGGAUAUACUU